AAUGUAACGUCGCCAUUCGCCAGUUUCUCCCUUUCUUCAAUAUUUUUUUUUUUUCUUCUCUUGCUUUGGACUUUGCCGGAAAAUAGAGCCGCGAUUUUCUCGGCAGCCAAACGGUGGAGUUCGUCAAAUGUGAUGGGAAGUGGAGUGUCGAGCCUGCUGCCUUGCUUCGGACCGGUGAACCGGACGACCAACCGGCUGGUCAAGGAACAACAUGACGUGGUGUUCGCGCCCUCCGAGCCCUUGGAUGAAGCCCUAGGCCACUCCUUCCGCUACGUCCGUUCCUCCGCCCGCUUUCUCUCUCCCACUCACUCCGAUCGCUUCCUCUCCCCAACUGGCUCCCUCCGCUUCUCUCCGUCUCACGAACCCACCGGGUCCAGGGUCAGACCUGGCUUUCCAGAGACCGGCUUCAAGACCAUUUCCGGUGCUUCUGUCAGCGCCAACAGCUCCACUCCAAGGACAGUUCUUCAGCUCGACAAUAUUUACGACGAUGCCACUGAGACUGUGCUCGGCACUACUGGUGCUGCUGGUGGCGGCGGCGUGAGGGGGAGUAUUGUGAAUGGCUUUGAGAGCACGUCUUUGUUUAGCGCGCUCCCUCUCCAGCCAGUGCCACGCGGCGGCGAAGGGGGAGACCCGUCCUGCCCGAUGGAGCGGGGCGGAAUCUUCCUCUCGGGCCCAAUCGACCGCGGCGCUCUGUCUGGCCCAGUGGACGCCAUCGCUGCCGUGAGCUUGGAAACGGGCGGCUCGGUCCCCUUCUCAGCUCCGCUUGGUGAUGCAUACGUAAAAAGGAGGAAGAAGAAGGGCAUUUCGGGGAUUCGGAAGGCGUUCUACGGGGAGUUUUCGGAAAAGAAGCGGCCCUGGGUGGUCCCGGUGCUCAAUUUCGUGGGGCGCAAGGAAGUUUCAACAAAUGGUGACGAUUCGGCGGAGGGGAGGAACGAAAGCGAAAACGUACAGUGGGCGCUUGGGAAGGCCGGCGAGGAUCGUGUACACGUCGUCGUUUCGGAGGAGCAGGGGUGGUUGUUCGUUGGGAUUUAUGACGGGUUUAAUGGCCCAGAUGCGCCCGAGUUCUUAAUGGGUAAUCUCUAUCGCGCAGUGUACAAUGAGCUCCAGGGCUUGUUUUGGGAAAUUGAGGAAGAAGUAGAGGAAGCCGGUAAUCUUACUAACAAUAACAAUAACAGUAGUAGCAGUAAUAUUAAUGAUGGUAAUAAUUAUGAGAACCCAUUAAAUGCAGCUGUAGGAAGUAACCUAUCUAUGGAAAAUUCUAGGGGAGAGGUCAAUUGUGAAUUUGCUCGAAAUGGGAAUGGUUUGAAUUUGGAAUCGGACUCAAUUCCUGUUGAUAGAGGGCCGGCCAAGAGAGUUACAUUUGAAACGGAGGGGACGGAAGUUCGGAGGCGGAGGCUUUGGGAAUUUCUUGCGGAGGAUGACCCAGAAGAUGGUCUCGAUCUUUCUGGGUCGGAGAGGUUUGCUUUUUCGGUCGAUGACGCUCUUAGUGUUAACAAUGCAGGUUCGGCGUUGAGCAGACGGUGGCUCUUGUUGUCGAAAUUGAAGAAGGGGAUGUCGAAGCGCAAAGAUGGCCAUGGUAGGAAGCUGUUCCCUUGGAGGUUUAGAAUGGAGGAGAAAGAGAAAGUUGAGGUUGAGAAUAGAGUGGAGGAGAGGUGUUCACGAACUGGGAGGAAGCGGAAGGAGGGGCCGGUGGAUCAUGAUUUAGUGUUGAGGGCACUGUCCCAGGCUCUUGAAGUUACAGAGCUCGCGUAUCUGGAUAUGACGGAUAAGGUUCUUGAUACGAAUCCAGAGCUUGCAUUGAUGGGUUCGUGUUUGUUGGUUGUGUUAAUGAGGGAUGAGGAUGUGUAUGUGAUGAAUGUAGGUGAUAGUAGGGCUAUUGUCGCGCAGUAUGAACCGCAGGAGGUUGGUUCAGGGAUAACUGGGUCGAGGGCGCCAGGGGCCAACGGGUCAAGGAUGGAGAGUAUAACCGGGGAGUCCUCAGCCGUGGGUGAAGAGGCAGUUAGGGUGGCAUCCGAGGCUCCUGCACAAGUAAUGAGAUUGGAGGCUUUGCAGCUAUCUACUGAUCAUAGCACGAGCAUUGAAGAUGAAGUCAUAAGAAUCAAGAACGAGCACCCGGAUGACAAACAAUGCAUUGUCAAUGAUAGAGUAAAAGGUCGUCUCAAGGUUACCAGAGCUUUUGGAGCCGGAUUUCUAAAACAGCCCAAGUGGAAUGAUCCACUGUUGGAAAUGUUUCGGAACGAGUAUAUUGGUACUGCACCUUACAUAUCCUGCUCACCUUCUCUUCGUCACCAUAGACUGUGCCCUAGAGAUCAGUUCGUAGUCCUCUCAUCUGAUGGUCUAUAUCAAUAUCUGAGUAAUCAGGAAGUGGUUUCUCUUGUUGAGAGUUUCAUGGAAAAGUUCCCUGAUGGAGAUCCUGCGCAACAUUUGUUAGAGGAGCUUCUUUUCCGUGCUGCCAAGAAAGCUGGAAUGGAUUUCCAUGAAUUGUUGGACAUCCCACAAGGAGAUCGCAGAAAAUACCAUGAUGAUGUUACUGUUAUGAUUGUAUCACUCGAAGGAAGAAUUUGGAAGACGUCAGGAAAGUACCUGUGAAACCUACCUUUCAUUGGCAAGAUAUUGGCCUAGUGAAAUAGCAGUUUUCAAUUUUCAAGUCAGGCCACUCGCAGCGGUAUCCAAAGUUACACAAAUGAUCCAUUUUUCUUGGGUCCCAUUCGCAUUUUUCUCUACGUGGCAAAAGAAUGUAGCUAUCAUAGAGAAUCCUGGAUGAUACUGGCAAAAGGCUGGUCUUAGAUAUUCAUCAAGAUCUCGAGCAGAUGCCAAAAAGGUUUGGUUCAAGACCGAGAAUGGGAAUCUAUCGAUGAGGUUGUAGGGAAAUAAUUCUUUUCUUUUCUUUUUUUUAUUCUUUCCAUUUCUAGACUUUUCUUUUCUUUAGAAAGG